AACACGCUCAUAUAUGCACAUCAGUCAAUCAUGGCUUGGAUCUUUGGAGUAGUUUUGGUCGUUAUCCUUUCUCUGUUCGCUUAUAUUGACGUCUGGUAUUUUCUGAGAUCCAUAGUCUUUAUUACGAGUCUCAUAAUAAAGGGAAGAAAGGAUUCAGCCCGUAAACUAACAAAAGAAGAACUCCUCAAAGAGCUUGUCACGAAGGGCGUGGUCAUGCCUUCUGACCUUGAUUUUAAUCUCCACAUGAAUAAUUCGAAAUACCUCAGAGAGAUGGAUUUUGGUCGUUUUGCCAUAUACAUAGAAAAAGGAUUGCGUAAGGCACUGGGGCAUCACAGUGCUGUGAUGCUAGUGGGAGCCAUCAGCAUUCGCUACAGACGAUCGCUCCAACUCUUCCAGAAAUUUGAAGUACACACUAGAAUACUUGCUUGGGAAGAGAAAGUAAUUUAUCUCGAACAAAGAAUAGUUAAUACAGCAGACGGUUUUGUGGCAUCCAUUGCCCUUGUAAAGAUGGCUAUAAAAGGAACAACAGCAUCUGAACUACUUAAAACAAUAUGCGGGCAUAUUGUUGCUAGUCCCUUCCCUUCUGCUGAACUGAGAGCGUGGCAGGAAAGUAUCAGCUUGUCCAGUAAACAUUUGAGGGAAGAGAGCUCUACCAAAAGUGAUGGAGGAAAUACUCAGGUCACCAAUAGUUCAUUAACUAGUACUAAAAAGACAACUUAGUAUAAUCAGACAUUAUAUAGAUUUAGUCAGGCGUGGCUUGACCUUUCCUCCCCAUGCAAGGGCCUGGCCACACCUAACUAAUAUAGACUAUAUGCUGCUAUAUGUAUUAUAUACUAUUUAUUAUGAUUGCAUUAUUAGGGGGAAUUUUUAUGGUUGUAUAAUAAUAUUAGAUGAAUAAUAA